GCGUGGCUGAAUCAGAGAAAAAUGAUUCUGUUUUUAUUUCAUUGUAUCUUGUUACUUGCAAUGGUCUGCUAUAUCCUAAGGACUCUCCUAGUAGGCUAGUGAAAGAACUAGAUGGAAUCUGGCAUUUUCGUGUUGAUACAUCACCUACUAGAGAUGAAGGUUUUACUGAACAAUGGUACACCAAACCAUUAGCAGCAACUGGUGAGACUAUUUUCAUGCCUGUACCUUCCAGUUAUAAUGACAUCACUCAAAAUGCUACCAUUAGAGACUUUAUUGGAUGGGCUUGGUAUGAUAGGAACUUUUGGUUACCUGAGUCCAUGUUAGAUGGGAAGACUCGUAUUGUGCUACGAUUCGAGAGUGCUCAUUAUUAUACAAUUGUUUGGUGUGAACGGCAAGCAGGCUAUAGUACUAAUGGAGGUCAUUUACCAUUUGAAGCUGAUGUUACUGAGCUUUUAAUGGCAGGACAAGCUAAUACAGUGACAGCUGCAGUUAAUAACACACUUAAUGAUCAUACAUUACCUCCAGGAUAUAUCACAUACUAUAAUGAUGACCCAAGAUAUCCACCUGGAUACUUUAUUUACUGCCAAUUUGAUUUCUUUAACUAUGCUGGUAUUCAACGUUCAGUCAAACUGUAUACCACACCUAAGACAUAUAUUGAUGACAUUACUAUUGUGACUAACUUGAUUGAUAAUAGCACUGCUAAUCUACAUUAUCAAUUAAAAAUUGGAGGUCCAACUGCUGGAGCUAGUUAUGAAGUUGGCAUUGCUGGAGAACAUGAUUCAGGUACAGUGCCUGAUGAUGGAAAGGCUAAUGGGACAAUAACAAUCACUAACCCAGGUCUUUGGUGGCCUUGGACGAUGAGCGAUACCCCUGGACAACUCUACCCAUUCCAGGUCAAAGUGACUGAUAAUAAUGGAGUAUCUGAUAUGUAUAGAUUAUCUGUGGGUAUUAGAGACAUAGUUACAGAAGAUCAGUUUCUGAUCAAUGGAAAACCAUUCUACUUUCAUGGAGUUGAUAAACAUGAAGAUUGGGACAUUCUUGGUAAAGGGAUUAACUAUGCCCUCCUCAUGAAAGAUAUCAACUUACUAAAGUGGUUAGGAGUAUCAGCAUUUAGAACAAGUCAUUAUCCGUAUGCUGAAGAAAUACUAGAUCUCUGUGAUAAAGAGGGUAUUGUAGUAAUUGGAGAAAGCCCUGCAGUAGGAUUACAAAAGGUGGACAAUUUUGCACAAGAAACGCUGUCUCAUCAUAUUGAAGUAAUGACUGUGAUAGGUAGAGACAAAAAUAGACCAUCAGUUGUAAUGUGGUCAGUAGCCAAUGAACAAAUUCUGCCCUACCCAGUGUUUCUAUUUGAUAAAAGUGAAGUGUUCGCUAUAACUCGUAAACUGGAUCCAACACGUCCUGUGACAUUUGCCUGUAGCCACGACUACAAUGAUGACAAAGUUACACCCUCUGUCGAUGUCAUCAUGAUAAACCGCUAUUAUGAUUGGUACCAGAACUCUGGGCAUCCAGAGGUGGUUCCAUAUGCCCUUCGCUAUGAUCUUGAACAAUGGCGAAAUAUUCGGAAGAAACCGAUCAUGAUAUCGGAGUAUGGAGCUGGGACUAUUUCUGGUUUGCACAAAGACCCUCCAGUAGAAUGGUCAGAAGAAUACCAAGCUGAGGCGUUGAUGGCUUAUUGGCCAGUCUUUGAUGAAUAUCGUAAGUCUUUUUUUAUUGGAGAACUCAUUUGGAAUUUUGCCGAUUUUGAAACAUCACAAGGUACUAGUCGAGUUGAUGGUAAUCAAGGUAUCUUAACUCGUCAGAGACAACCCAAAUUGGCUGCGUAUCUUGUGAGAGAGAGGUACCUCAAUUUAGCUCAAGGUAAAGGACUAUCACCCCGAGACCAUCGUGCCAAAAUAAAGGAUCUUUCUACUUGCCACAUUGACAUUGAUUGA